UGAUGUCAGCACCGAUGGCCGUCUUCCCAUUUCGAGGGAGAGGUCGAUCGAUUUGAAUGGUGAUCCCUGCGUCCGCGCGCCACAGGGUUCGGAGACGUGGACCGAAUUAAGAGUCUCGACGAAAUGAGAGAAAUUCGAACAUUAUGCGGCGCCCAAGUGGGAAUUUGAAGUUGUGUGUCGAUGCGAACAUGCAGGCAGUCUCUGGCGGUGUGCCGAUGCCACGACAGCAGCUCUUCUGGGGAUUCGAGAACUGGGCUGAUCUUGCAAAUUGCGGUCGUUACGUACAGUCCUCGUUCACCAGUCUCGAGUCAUCUGGCGAGUUUCUUGACGGUGUGUGUGCAAAGGACGACUUGUCGAUCCAAGAACCUUCGGCGCUGGACGAUUUUGUUGUGUUUCUUGACAACACCAUCGUGUUUGGCCUGUCGAGCACGGAACGUAGUCGCGGAGUCUGGCUUUCUCAUCUCGAACUCUUCGUCUGACUGACGUCUGACUUCGAAUUCUCUGAUUAUUGUCGUAGCCUUGAUAUCAAACACACGACACGACUUCCACGUCGAGGACCACUCUGAUUGGUGCUAGCGUGCCCAUGUUCGAUCCAUGGCACCUGGAUGUUCAGCCUACGCUAUGCGAAGCCUCUCAAAUUGUCUGCACUUUCAUCUUUAGGAGUGGGGACGGCUGAACUUCCUCGUGCUUCUCUGAUUCCUCAAGCUUUCUACGAUUUCAUGAGUGACGAUGAGGAGAUAGGCGCCAGGCGAUCCGGAGGUCCGAAGCUAUCGGUGGAAGUGGUCGACAGAACUGCUGACAAAACGAUGUGGAGAGUACGCAGAACUCCUUGAUUCUGAGGAGACGUUUGAGGUUUGGCAGCAAAAUGAAUACCGUAGGCAUGAGAUCGGCUUGUGUCCCGAGGCGGCCUUACAAACCGACUGGGCAGAUGAUAAACGUGGGGGUUUCGGUGGUAAGCAUUGGCUUUGUAGGAGUGGUGACAAUGGGCUUCAUUCUCUACUUCUCUGUGUUCAUGAGCCCCACACUUCUUAGUCGCAUCGUGCAUGAAGUUGUCCAGUGCGAUAAUGUCGCUGUCCACUUCAACAGCAUUUCACAUAGUAAUAAGAUCGGUCAUACGAAGCAGCUGCAGGGUACUAAAGAUGCCAAUAGCAUGCUGGAAGAUACCGAUUCUCAAGCUUGGAACAAAGGCUCGGGAUCACACGAUGGUGGAAGCAUUAUCAUGCAGGAAAGUGGAGACAGUACGUCCACCAAGUCGAGGACGAAAAAGUUUAGUAUUUUAAUAGGAAUAAUGACUAUGGCGAAGAAGACGGAGAGGAGGAACCUCCUUCGACUGGCCUACGGCGCCCAGUCGUCUGAUAUUGCACAUGUCACCGUGAAGUUCAUCCUCGGAAAGCUUAAAGAUGACUCAGAGAAGACUCUGGUGGGCUUGGAGAAGCUCGUAUAUGGAGAUGUGAUGGAGCUGGAAUGCGAGGAGAAUAUGAAUAAUGGCAAGUCAUUCUACUACUUCUCCAGUUUAGCUGCAGAGGGAGGCAGCUACGACUACGUGAUGAAAACCGAUGAUGAUUCGUACGUGCGCAUCGCUAAUCUGGCCAUCCAUCUCUCCCCACUGUCACGUACCGAUCUGUACUACGGCUAUAUUCUUCCAUGCGAAAAUCAGGACCCAUACAAGUGGUACAUGGCCGGUAUGGGGUAUGUGAUCUCGUGGGAUCUCGUGCAAUGGAUCAGGGAUUCGCCGAUUCCGAGAAACCGCACCGAGGGAACUGAAGAUGAGCUCGUGGGUAAGUGGUUCGAUGAAGGUGGCAAGGCCCGAAAUCGAGUGAACGAUAAGCCGCUGUUUUACGACCACCCGGAGUUUGGAGGUAAGUGCGCUCAUGAACUAAUACCUGAGUCCAUUCUCAUACACCAGGUCAAAACCCCCCAGCGAUGGGCUCAAGUUCUAGCCUACUUUGAAAAGGAUAAACUGCGUGUGGACAGUUCAAAAUCGCGCGUUGGUCAUCAUACUCAGGAAUGAGCAAGCAAUCCAGAAGUCAAGCCCAAACCUUCCGUGCUUUAGCGUCUGACGAAAUUUCUGAGCAUUCUGUCUUUGUUCACUUCGAUGGAGCCUCGAAGGUUUUCGACCAUGUAAGAGGAAUUCGAUACGAGUACAUCGCGAAUUUCAUCAGCUGCAGCUCAUUUUUCCCGAACACCGGGUUGUCUGAAGCUGAUGUACAUGGUUAUGUUUUCUGCGGGAAAAAAAAAUUCAUUCAUCCAGUCUCAUUGAC